AUGGAGGGCGACAUGCCAUUGGUGACAAGUUACGGGGGCAGCGAAGAUUUUUCCGCCAACGGAAAAGUGUCGAAAAAUUCAAGGAUGUCAACCCUGCUCUUCUGGCAGGGCAAGGGCAAGGCGAACGGUGCACCCAAUGGAAGAAAUUGGAUCCAUGCACCUGACGCGCUGGUGAAAGGACAUGUGGCGUAUUUAGUUAAGUUCCUAGGCUGUACGCAAGUAGAUCAGCCAAAAGGCAUCGAGGUAGUCAAAGACGCCAUCAAGAAGUUACAGUUUACGCAGCAAUUGAAGAAAUCGGAAACGAAAGAUGCGGCGAAGUGCAAGAAAGUGGAGAUUACAGUGUCUGUUGACGGUGUUGCCAUUCAGGAGCCGAGAUCGAACAACGUAAUGUAUCAGUUCCCGUUGCACAGGAUAUCCUAUUGCGCUGAUGAUAAGGGCGCGAAGAAAUACUUCUCGUUUAUAGCCAAGGGUGGCAGCACCGUCAACGGCAUGAACGGUCACGAUGGUGGAAAUGUGGAGAAGCACGAAUGCUUCGUCUUCAUCUCUACGAAAUUAGCGUCCGAGAUCACUCUUACUAUUGGACAAGCCUUUGAUCUUGCUUACAGACGGUUCUUGAACGACAACGGCAAAUAUAUCGAACUACAAAAACUCACGCUGCAAAACAAGAGGUUGGAGUUACAAAUGAACGCAUACAAACAUCGUCUACAGGAGCUAUCGAAAAUAACAUACAAAGACGACUUAUCGUCAUACUUGUCGCGGAACAACAUUUCCGACAUCACAGACUUCAAACCUCCACCGGAACUAGAGAAGCAAAUCUCCUCUCUCACUCUAGCUAAUGGGUUCGCCUGUAACGGGAAUAAGACGCCAGAUUUUGGCGCAGACGCCAUGUCCAACAAUUCAACAGACACGUUCAAUUCAAGCAACGACAAUAAUCUGCUCUUAUCAACCCCGCCUCCCACGCACAACAAUAAAACUGGAAAACUCCUGGGAGACUUGCCAUCGAGCAAGAACCCGUCGGUAGGCACCAAGCUAGAAGGUCUUCUCAUGAACUCAGAUUCAGACAGCGAAUUUGAUCCCCGAGCAUACGAGUCUGAACCGGUCUCUCGAUUCAAUUCCACUAUUGAGAGUCCGACACCAGCGCCCCCCCUACUCGCGCCCCCGCCAAAAGCGUCCAAACGUCAAGUUCCACAACCACAGAAUCACACAUCACCGAUGAAUGGGAACGAUCUGUUCGGUUCCACGCCAUUCUCGGUCCCGGCGCAGAGCCCGCCGCAGACUCAACCGUUCACAACUCCCAUCAAACCGAACUAUGACAUAAGCGACUUCAAUCUCCAAACAUCGGUCUUCAACUCGAAUUCGUCGUUCACGAACGGUUUGACCGGCUACGACCCGUUCGAGACGCAGAAGGCGGGGAAUAUUUUCGGAAACGGUUUCGGGAAUAACUUCAACGGUUUCGGAAACCUCAGCGAGAAACCGGCCGUGGAAUUGGACAGCAGCUUCAACGGGUUCCUAGACAAGACCAUUUCGGAAAUGAAGGACGGAUUCUCGAGAGGGAUCAGCUUUGGAAACGAUGAUUUUUCAAUAGACAACCUCGAUCCCUUAAAGAAGAACUAA